CUCGUUUCGGUUCCUCGUUAGUGGCCGUCUUGAUGAUAUAUUGUAGCAACGGUUGUUCGCUAGUUGUGGUUUCGGUUGUUUGCUAGUAUGGGUACUUGAGCCGAAUCAUCUUGAUCAUUCUAGUUUCGAUUCUUCGCUACUGAUAUUGCAACUUUCCGCGACACUGAGGUGUGUACAACUACUUAUCACAGUUAUAGUUUUCAUGUAACGUACUAGUCUAGGAUUACCUCUUACAUUAUGAUAUGGUGAUCUCCAGUGCUUUUCAUGAGCCCGCUCCAUUCCUUUUCGAAGACGUCUACUUCUGCAUGGAUGUUGUAACGAGAGAUCGACCUGAGUAAUUAUCUCUAAUUUUUCGAGAGAUCGGACGGGACAUUGCGAGUAUGGUUGCAGUUGGCGAGAUUCCGCUUGAUACGCCCGACGUGCACGGGGUGCGGCUGGCAAAAAUACCUAUGCAUGGAGGGACCAUGCGUCCCUACGGAGCGAAUAGUAUAUUUUUUUUACACUUGAUAAAUUCAUUUGUAACUAAUAUUGCUUUUUGUGACCACUCACAGUGAGGGCACCUUCCUUGGUAAUUUUGUACACUCCUCUCUUUGAAUUUUACAGGCGUUGUAUUGUGCCCUGAUAUGCGAGACAUGCUCUUUCGUUUUUGUCAAGUGCCCGUAUACGGCUGA